AGUACUGGAGAGAAGAGAUCCGUUGAUGUAUCUCUGCUCCUCCUCCUCCUCCUCCUCUUCUUCUUUCUCCUCCUCUCUUCCUCCUCCUCCUCCUCCUCCUCCUCUAUCUUCUUCCACUCAUUCGCUUAGUUUGUUCCUGCGCAUUUAGUCUUUUAAUUGUUAUUGUUUGUUUGUUUGUUUGUUUGUUUGUUUGUUUGUUUGCCACGUGGUUUGGAAAUUCAGGAUUUUUCAGAGGAACAGUACGAUGGAGAAGAAUGACCGGAAGAAGGCACGGGACUUUGAUGACAUCCUACAGCACGUGGGUUCCUUCGGCAAGUACCAGAAGCUGAGGAUUGUCCUUCUGUUCCUGCCCUGCUCUUUCUUCUUCGGUUAUGUGUCAACCAGUCCGAUGUUCGAGAUGGUUGUACCGCCUCACUGGUGCCACGUGCCAGGCCGUGAGAACACUUCCCUCGCCCUGGAUGAGUGGAAGAACCUCACCAUACCUCCAGAGAGUGACGGCUCGGGCAAACUGUCGAGCUGCCAGAUGUACGAUGGAUCCUGGAAGACGAUCAACGGUAUCCUCACCUACACCACGACCAACAACACGAAAAAGUGCAGCCACGGUUGGGAGUUUGAUCAAAGUGACUUCACUGAAACGGAUCCCUCGGCGCAUGAGUGGGUGUGUGAUAAGGCUUUCUACGCCCACAAUUCACUGUCCAUCAACUUGGCGGGCCGCGCUCUGGGCACCCUCAUCUUGCCUAUGCUCGCUGACAACUACUUCGGGAGACGGAUCGUAUUUUACAUAGCAGUGGGGACCUACACCAUCUUCACCCUGCCCUUGCUGUGGGUGACGCAUCCCAUCGCUAGGCUGCUGCUGCGCUUCACUCAGUCCUGCGGCUUCGAGACUAAUUAUCUUAUGCCCUACGUCAUUAUGAUGGAACUGAUCCCACCUAACCGCCGUGAUCUGAUCGUGAUGUUGACCUUCGUGAUGUGGACUUUAGGAAUGUGCUUCAUGUCCCUCGUCGCCUACCUGACAGCACACUGGAAACUGUUUUCAGCCACUUCUAUGAUCCCGAUGAUAUUUUGUUUCAUCUAUUGGCGGCUGCUUCCGGAGUCCCCUCGUUGGCUCCUGUCGAAGGGAAGGCUCAGUGAGUGUGCCGAUAUUCUGUUUGAGAUCGGCUCCACUAACGGGACGAAGGGCACCGUGACGCGGGAGGAGGUGGAACAGGAGCUGAAGGACCUAUCACUCCGCCUGCCCGCAAAUGAACCACUAACGAGGGCUUUCAUCUAUCCCAAACUGAGACUCCGUGCUUGUAUGCUCUUCCUGUUGUCGUUCUCUCAGUUCCUGGUCUAUGGCGUGACCUUGAUGACCAUGACGGUGCUGCCUGGAAAUUACUUCUUAAGCCACCUGGUGUUGAGUCUGUUCGAGAUCCCCAGUGUCUUUGUGGGUCUUGCAGUCACUCACUACUUCGGCAGGCGGUUCCUCGGCUUUUCUUCUCUCCUCCUUGGCGCCGUUUGUUGCAUCACUGCCCCCUUCUGCGUGGACCACAUCUGGAAGCUAAUAGGAGUCCUAGCAGUCCUUAAACUCACCGUAUCCUGCACCCUGUACCUCGUGUUUCUGCUUCCUUCUGAGAUCCUACCCACGCCCAUUAGAACCUCAGGAGCGGGGCUAAGUGUGGUCUCCGGGAUGGUAGGGAUGACUUUCUCUCCUCAUCUCCUGCACUCGGGGCAAGGAGACACAUUCCACUACUGGGUGUUGCUUGGGAUCACGCUGCUGGGGGCGGUGACGCUGGCCCCUAUCCCUGAGACCUUGGGGCUGUUUAUGCCACAGACGUUCCUUGAAGGCGAGAAGCUGGGACGCGGCAGACCCCUUACUUCCUGGAUUCACAAGUGGAAUGUUCAUAGAUACCCAGCUGCGCCUCCACAUGAUACCGAAGAGGAAGUGGAGGAUCUGAUGAACGGAAAGGGUUAAGGAUUUUGUUGUGAAGCAGUUAUAUGGAGUUUUCAGUUUUCAAAUAGGAGUUAGGGAGAUUGAAAGGUGUUUUGUUUAAAUUAUAAGGUGUUCCAGCGUGUUUACAGAUUGUCAGAGGAGGAUCCAGUGAAUGGCUACCUGGCGAUUUUGUUAUGAGGCAGUUAUAAGGAGUUUACAGUUUUCAAAUAGGAGUUAGGGAGAUCGAAAGGUGUUUUGUUUCAAUUAUAAGGUGUUCCAGCGUGUUUACAGAUUGUCAGAGGAGGAUCCAGUGAAUGGUGACCUGGCGAUUUUGUUGUGAAGCAAUUAUAAGGAGUUUACAGUUUUCAAAUAGGACUUAGGGAGAUCGAAAGGUGUUUUAUUUAAAUUAUAAGGUGUUCCAGCGUGUUUACAGAUUGUCAGAGGAGGAUCCAGUGAAUGGCUACCUGGCGAUUUUGUUCUGAAGCAGUUAUAAGGAGUUUACAGUUUUCAAAUAGGACUUAGGGAGAUCGAAAGGUGUUUUGUUUAAAUUAUAAGGUGUUCCAGCGUGUUUACAGGGCGUCAGAGGAGGAUCCAGUGAAUGGUGACCUGGCGAUUUUGUUCUGAAGCAGUUAUAAGGAGUUUACAGUUUUCAAAUAGGAGUUAGGGAGAUUGAAAGGUGUUUUGUUUAAAUUAUAAGGUGUUCCAGCGUGUUUACAGAUUGUCAGAGGAGGAUCCAGUGAAUGGUGACCUGGCGAUUUUGUUGUGAAGCAGUUAUAAGGAGUUUACAGUUUUCAAAUAGGAGUUAGGGAGAUCGAAAGGUGUUUUGUUUAAAUUAUAAGGUGUUCCAGCGUGUUUACAGAUUGUCAGAGGAGGAUCCAGUGAAUGGUGACCUGGCGAUUUUGUUCUGAAGCAGUUAUAAGGAGUUUACAGUUUUCAAAUAGGAGUUAGGGAGAUUGAAAGGUGUUUUGUUUAAAUUAUAAGGUGUUCCAGCGUGUUUACAGAUUGUCAGAGGAGGAUCCAGUGAAUGGUGACCUGGCGAUUUUGUUAUGAGGCAGUUAUAAGAAGUUCUAGGGCUUUCAAAUGCGAUCUAGGGAAGUCAAAGAGGAUUCUGAUUCAAUUUAGAUUUUUCCAGCACCUUUUGAAGAUAUUUUGUGGCAGUUCAAUAGAGUUUAGAGUUAAAAGAUGCCCCAGGAAUUAAUUUAAAGGGUUUUGCCACCGUUUUAUGAGAUUCAAGGCGCUUAUAAGGUGUUCUAGAGUCAUUAACGAGGCUUUUUAGUGAUUAGCAUGUACAAGUGAGGUAACAAUUUGAUUUUACCUGAAGAUUACGUUUUCCAAGACGACGAAAUGGUGUUAGAGUCAGAAAAUAGGGUGUUUUUAGCAAGAGAGGGUGAUGGAAUGAGUAAAGGGUGCUAGGGAGGAAAGUAAAGGGUGUCUAGGGAGAAAAUAGACUGCUAGGGAGGAAAUGAAAGGUAUUAGACGUGUUGGGAAGGGAAAAUAGAAGUGCUAGGGCGAAAAAAAUAAAGUACUAGGGUAGAAAAUAAAGUACUAGGGCGAAAAAUAAAGUACUAGGGCGAAAAAAUACAGUACUAGGGCGAAAAAAUACAGUACUAGGGCGGAAAGACGAACAAUUAGAUAUGAAUUAAAAUCCCUAGGGCGACUUUGGCGGGAAAAAAUUUGAACUUAGGGUAGAAUAUUAGCGAAGUUUGGAGAAAUAAGGGAAUUGUAUGCAUUGCGUAAUUAUAUAUAUUAGAGAGAGAGAGAGAGAGAGAGAGAGAGAGAGAGAGAGAGAGAGAGAGAGUAGGGGAAAGGUAAUUUAGUGUCAUAUUAACAUUCUCCGGUCAUCAUAUUUUUUUCACAUAUAUUAAUUUUCAUCUUCCACUUCAAUUUUCAUCAUUUUUUUUCUUCCUCUUCUUUCGUUUGGAAGUGAUGUGAUAUUAAGAAAACAAAUAAAGUAGUUAUCACGC